CAUCAAUUAACAAUUCAGCAUCAACUACUGAUUUCGUAUCAACUGUCAAUUCUGCAUCAACUGCUGAUUUUGUAUUAACUAAUAAUUCUACACUAACUACAUCAACUCCUGAUAAUCGACAAGUAUCUAAAAAAACUAUUGAUUUGCUAAAAGAAAUUGAAACAAUUUGUAAUAGAGCAGGUCAUGUUCAAACUAAUAAUGACUUAGCACUUUUUGUAAAUCAACUAAACAACAAAUAUCCUUUAUCUCAAAAUGAUAUUGAUGACCCUGCAGCUAUAGCAACCAAAGGAAGACCAAGUGGUACUAAACGUCAAAAAACUGGUGCUGAACAUGCUAUUAAGAAAGUAUACAUGUGUGGUUUUUGUGGUGGUGCCGGUCAUAACACAAGAAAAUGCCCGCAAAAAUAA